AAUUCGCUCGGGCAGCAAAAAGCCCUGGCUAUAUGGUGUCUCAUUAUUAUAGCGGAGUACAUCAUGGCAUCGAACUGCCUACUGGCUGGCUCUUGCCAAACGUUUGCAUUUGCCCGUGAUGGAGUGCUCCCUUUUUCACGGUAUUUGUACUGGAUCAAUCGCUACACAGGAACACCCGUCAACACGGUUUGGUUCGAAAUCAUCUGCUCUCUGGCAAUUGGACUUUUGUCAUUCGUAAGCACCCAAGCCAUCGAUGCAGUAUUCACAAUUGCUGUCACCGCAUCGUAUAUCGCGUACAUAACACCGAUCACGAACCGCUGGGUGUUCAAGAAUGAUUUUAAACCCGGUCCGUUUUAUCUGGGGAAACUGAGCUUUCCGGUCUCUGUGAUUGCUGUGGUGUGGAUGACCUUCAUGAGCUUUGCUUUCUUCUUUCCCAUGACCCCGCAAACAACGGCACAGGAGAUGAACUAUACGGUUGUGGUACUUGGAGGGUUCAUGUUUCUGGCGAUUUCCUGGUAUUAUUUUCCAGUGUAUGGAGGCGUACAUUGGUACACUGGACCCGUUGCCAACUUUACGCCGGCCACCAGAGAUGAAGAUUCUAUAUCGGAGAGGAAGGAUGAACAUGAUGCCGAUAUCUAUGUUGAAGCGGUGGAUGUAUAA